UUCCGUUUAUGCACAUUUUACGACAUUAAUUUUGGGAUAGUUAUUAUAUACAGCAUUUCAGACUAUAAAAAAAAUAUUUUGUUUCUCAUAACAUUGUAGUUUAAUGGAGAGUGUUGUGAAAGGCGGAGAGAAGCACUGACCUUGUCUCGCCCCCGGGGGCCGUGCGGCAGGCGGGAUGUCGUCGUCCAACCCCAUGCGGCAGCUGGAGGAGCGCCACGUGGCGAUCAAGGUCGAGCAGAUGGCGUGGUCGGACAAGAUGGACCUCCUGGCGCUCGCCAACGUCAGAGGGGAAGUGGCGCUGCACCGCCUCACGUGGCAGAAGGUGUGGAUGCUGCCGCCGCCACAGGACGGGGUGAGAGUGGCGGCCCUCGCCUGGAGGCCCGACGGCAAGAUCAUAGCCAUCGCCUACAGCAGCAACGAUGUUUUGCUGAUUGAUGUAGAAGACAAGAGAACUGUAUACAAGAACCACAUAGAUGGAGACAUCACUUACAUGUCGUGGAAGCACGAAGGUUCUACACCCGAUGCUGCAGCAUCGUCCAGCGCCGGUUCCACGGAGCCGUUCGAGAAGUACGAAGAGUUCGACAACAGCAAGGACUUCCUGCCGAAACUCCCGCCGCUGGUGCGCAGCUUCGAGCAGGAGGAGCUCCAGAACGACGUGAAGAAGAUGAAGGCCCCGGCGAGCCUCAACAUCCUGGUGGUCGGGACGAGCAACGGGAAGCUGUCCCUGAGCAUCUUCGGGAUGUUCCCGUGCGGGCUCAUGGACAUGGCGGGCUGCCUCCCGGGCCAGCAGGCGUCCGUGGUCGGCGCGGAGUUCACCCGGAGGCUGGACGGCCUGUUCGUGGUGCUGGCCCUGGGGCGGGGCGAGCGGAGGGACCUGGCGGUGGUGCGCUUGCAGACACGCGUGUUCCUGGAGCGCUCGGCAGAGCUGCAGGCCCUCGCGCUCAAGCACGGCCACAUCGUCGACCUGCUCGGCUACGCGUCGCAGACCAUGCAUGCCAUCACCGAAGCCUGGGAAAACAUCCUGCUGGAGAUGGACUCCAAGCUGGCGUCCUACGCCUCCAAGGUGCCCGGCGGCUUCGUCUCUGCCGACUUCCUGGAGCUGCUGAUGUUCGGCAGCGCGUCGUCCGAGCUGGAGCACUUCCUGCUGCAGGAGCUCACGGAGAAGGGGCUAAAGAAGCUGGGGCACUCAAUCGAGCUGAGCUACUCCAACAUACAGAAGAUGGUGCUGAAGCACCUGCAUGCCGUGGGCCAGGAUCUCUCCUACCACCUGGCCGAGAUGAAGGGCAUGGCGGGGUACCUGGACCGCUACGAGCCCCUCGGCCUGCAGGAGGAGAUGGUAACCGCGGCGCUCUCCGCGGCCGGCUCCUUCCUCGUCAAGGCGACCGAGGUGCAGCAGGUGAUAGACAGCUCGAUGAAGAACUACAAGGCCUUCUUCCGCUGGCUCUACGUGGCCAUCCUGCGCCUCACCGACGACCGGGUCCUCUCCGACAUCACCAAGGUCAACCAGACGGAAAUAGCCUACAUCGCAGAGUUCCUGUACGGCUUCGACGGCGAGGGUGCGAGGCAGAGGGGCGUCUUUGCCCCGCAGCACCCGAGCAGACCCCACUUCAACCUGGAGCGCCUGGGCCAGUACCUGGCGGACCGGGAGCUGGUCACGCCGCCCGCCACCGACGACAACCCGUGGACCAAGCUGCUGAGGGACAACCCGAGCCUGAGCGGCUAUCCUGCCAUCAUCCCCCACCACAGGGAGAAGUCCCUGGUGCAACAGCACGCCCACCUCAGGGAGGCCAUCGCUCUGGUGUUCAGCCAGCCGGAGCACUGCAUCGGCAGCCUGCUGGAGGUCUCGCACGUGCUUGUGUGCGCCAGCGUGUUCGAGUGCCGGGACGAGCGCAUCCAGCCGGCCCACGUGACCACGGGCAAGGACGACAGGCUGGUGCUGGCGUUCCCGGACUCCCUCCCGCCGGCGCCCGGGAUGUACUUGCUGGAGCUGCCGGCGGAGAGCUCCGAGCCGGAGCAGCCCAAGUGCGUGCACGUCAACUUCACGUCCUCCCCGGACAGAGAGGCCUCUCUGAAGAUCCUCGACCUGCAGUUCUACCUGCCCGACGUGCUGUCGAUCCUCCUGGAGCGGGUCGCCGAGAGCCGGGGCUCGGUGUUCGUGCAGUUCCCGACGGCGGUGGCCGCGAGCCAGGGGACGGCCGUGUCCGCGUGCCCCGCCAGGUCGGCGCGGCCGAGCCCCGGCGCGGCGCUCGUGUCGCUGGCGGAGGUGCCUCACGUGGACGGAGGGGCGCUGCUGGAGCCGGGCGCCAUGCGGGUCGUCGAGAACAUGGUGUCGUCGCGCCUGGCCGUCAGCGGCAGCCGCAAGCUGGCCGUCGUGCUGUCGGAGAGCCGGCGCAAGGUGCGCUUGUUCGAGAUGGAGGCGGAGGACGAGGAGGAGGACGAGGAGGGCAUGGACACGACCGUGAGCAGCACGGACGGCCCCCGGAGCUCUGCCCUGGAGGAGGACUGAGCGCACGGGACCGCUCUACGACCGUCGACCAUGCCUCUUGCGUUUGUGGGUUUGCUAAUUGUUAGUGAUCUGUCACAGUACAUGACAGCAACCAGGGGCGUAGAGCCAGGGGGGGGGGGGGUUUAGGGGUUCAAACCCCCCCUCCCUUAGCACCAAAUCUUUAAUUAAUUUCUUAUUCAUCACUCAAACAAAUUUCGUAUUAAAAUUAAUAAAAAUUUUUACCAUUACAAUAUUUAAAUUUAAGAAACGAAAACUGCUAAAAUAGCACUAUUACACAUCUUAAAAUCCAAAUUUUCCCGGGGGAGGACCCCCCCCCCCCACCCCCCGCUUUAAUUUGGGGGUAGGCGGAGGCCCAUGCUUCUUAACACCCCACCAUACACAAAUCCUGGCUACGCCACUGACAGCAACAUGCAGUAUGCGUUUAUUAUAAUCUGUUUAAUUUGUGAACCGCAAUAUGAAUCAAUGGCUUCCAAAGAGUGAGCAAUUACUUAACAGUUAAUAAGUUUAUCGGAUAGUUUUUUUUUUGUUGUAAAUGUUAUUGAUGAGUUACCCUAACAACUAAAUUAAUACCGUCAGUAUUGUCUUAUGUUAUCUCAAGAACCUGAAGUUUGAGAUGAUUUUUUGGUGAUUAUUUAGAUUAUAGAUUUCUUAAAAAGUUUUAUUGCACUAAAAAUUAAAUACCAAUCACUUAAUGAAUUGAAACUCGAACUUACACAGUGUUAUGCUAUUUUAUAUUCUCAAAAACUAUGCACCAGCUGCAUCCGCCAUAAAAUAUGAUUUUAAAAAAUGUAUUGGCAAACAAGUGUUGUGCCCAAAAGUUUGCGCUUGAGGUCUAAUUAAAUACUUGGUAUGUUUCUUUCCAGGUAACACAUUUCUCAGGGAGGAAUUAUAAGUUCUGCUGUGAUAAAUAGCUCUUGGGAAUAGGUAACUUAUGUUUUCUUUAAAUAAUUGUGUCUUCUAGAAGCGUAAUUGAAUGACAAAGCAGUAGAGUGUCAACUUGACAGUAGUUCCUUGCGGAUAUUCUGUAAAGAAACCUAACCAGGAUAUAGAAAAUGUUAACUUUUGCCAUUGCACCAUCAAUAAGUGUAGAGCCAAAUAAAAAUCAUCUUGGAUUUUGAAGUGCGGGUUUAUUAAGAACACGUGCGGAGAUGUACAGUGUUCUUCAAGCUCUACUGAAACAAAUACUGAAUUCCACGAGUAAGAACCAGCAUGCAGUAUGUGUUUUACUAUAUAGCAAUUAGGUACUCAACAGUCAAUAUGUUCAUUUUAUAGUUCAUUUUGUCGGAUAAAUGUUAUUUAUCAGUUACCUUAAAAACUGAAUUAAUAAUUAAGUAUUUUAUUCUGUUACCUUGAUGACUUGUUUUAUAAUUGUUUGGAUUAAAGAUUUAAUACAAAAUUUUGUGUCAUUGUUACUAGUUUUGCACUGUCGUAGAAAAUAUUGAACCAUAUAGGUAUUUACAAAAUAAACUACUGCUGUGGCAGAAUAUAACAUUAAUAUAUUGAGUUAAUUUGGCCUUCUAAUACACACAUCUGCGUUAAAAAAAUGUGUGCCAUAAGUAUUUCAGACUAUUUCGUUCUUAUUAUAGUUAAAUUACAUCGCUUUCCUUAUAUUUGCAUCACACCAACCGUAUGAUAUAUUCUUAGAGUGUAAUGUAGCUCCAGUGCAUUUAAUACCAACCAAAAUGCAUGCUACAGUAUUAGCCAUGACAGUAUCAUUAAUAUUCGGAGUUUAACAAAACAUGUGUUCAUAAUCACAUAACUUAUUUCUGCGGUAAUCUCCGUGGUCUUUGUCGUUUACCUUGUGUGUCGCAGAGAGCGUACGCUGGUUUGAUUUAGCUUGUCUGCGUGUUGUAAGUGCAAGAAAAGAAGUGUGAGAGUUUUCAUGUGUUAUAAUUAAUACCUUUUAUUUUUGUAGCAACCUUAAUUUAUACGUUUAUUAAAUAACAGUUUUUUUAUGAACCAAGAGGUGUUUGUACGUAUGAACGCACAGUAGAAGUUGUACUACUUCUUUGGCAUGAAAUUUUUGAAAUUAAAAAUUACAAACAAA